AUGGUUAGAUCACUCACACUCCAGCUAAUCAACUUACAUCGUGAGUGUAGAAUUGGUAAAGUUCUAGCCGAAAGUCUAAACAAACUUUUGCGGAAGCAAGCACUGAUGUCAGAUAAUCAUUAUUCUAUUAAAGUGCGAGAUGAAAAGUGUUUUACAACAAUGCAGACUCAUAUUCCAUAUCAGUCAGACAUAGGAAAUGAAAGUAAAAACGAACCGCGAAGUUUCAUUUCGGCAUUAGAAGAAAAAAUAGAACUAAAAUUACAAGAAUAUAUUAUUUACGCUACUAAAUGGCUAGAAGGUCUUAAUGAUAAGUAUUUAGGCGAUACUGAAGUGGGCAGAUUAAUCCAUUAUUAUGAAAUUAAACCAAAACUCGACGACGUUUCAGGACAACAGAACCGUGGCAUUAAAAAGAUAUCAAUGGGCAUGUUGCCGCUCAUCUUCCACGUAGGAGCCACCUCGACGUGGAUGCUGAUAACCUCCCUCAUGGCAGCCAAGUCUGUAGCCAUUGGUAUUAUCCUCCUGGUGUUCAAGAUCGCUGUCAGCUCUGCUAAGGUGGCGGCAUUCUUCACGACAUUGAAGUCCAAGAACUCUGGCCAUCAUCACGACUGGUCUUGGACCCCUCAUCACGAGCACCACGGAUACGCGAGAAGUCAGUCCACCUUUGGUCCAGCGAGUCACGACUGGACGUCCUACAGCCCCGAGUGGCCAGGCGACACGUCGCACUACAAGACCAUUGAUAGCGACGAGUUCGAGCUUCACGCUGCCCAAGAUAAAAGCCAUUUGUCAAGCAGGACCACUUAA